AUGGUAAACGAGAAUGACGCAGCAAGUUUGGCCCCGCCACUGAAACCGACGAUUCUUCCUGGCGCUACGGGAAGCUACGCAGGACCCAGUACUGCGCAAAUGAUCGAAGGAGCUUCAAUGGCGGCUAGCAUGCUUGGAAACAUUUACAACGGAGCGAUUGGGACACCAUCCCACUCUGCUCAUACUUCAACAGGAUUUGACUACAGUUCUACUCCUCAGACUGCCUGGUUCGGAAUCCACAGCCAAACCGAUCUCUUCAAACUCGUCCGACCUCCAUACUCCUAUUCCGCCCUGAUCGCAAUGGCGAUCCAAAACGCCCCAGAAAAGAAACUCACCUUGUCCCAGAUUUAUCAAUAUGUGGCUGAAAAUUUCCCGUUUUACAAGAAGUCCAGGGCGGGAUGGCAAAAUUCCAUUCGUCACAAUUUGUCGCUCAACGACUGCUUCAAAAAGAUGCCACGAGAUGAAGAUGACCCGGGCAAGGGAAACUACUGGACGCUCGAUCCUAAUUGCGAGAAAAUGUUCGACAAUGGCAAUUUCAGGCGAAAGCGGAAGCGACGGGACAAUACUACAAAAACGGAACUCGACCAGGGAUCAGACGAUUAUCAAAGGCAGGCCAUCCAGCAGCCCAAAGCUUCUCCGGAUUAUGAGCAAGUGUCGCAUGAAUCUGUGAUCACGAAAACGGAGCGUUCCUACUUCGACGGCUCGCGUUAUCCUCAAUCCCGAACAUCUCCUGUCGGCAGUCUCCCGCCUCCACCAUCAACGCCGGCGCCCCAUCUUCCUCCUACUUCGCACUACACCUCUGCGAUCGAGCACUACCCGCCACCAGCAGUUGAUGGUCCCGAUCAUCUUCCAAAGUCAGAAAUUUACAACCAAGAAUACAAUGUCUCCAUGCUUCCGAAUGCUCAAGCAACAACAACCGCUUCUUCCCCGCCUCUUUCUCAAGAAGCACCGAUAACUUGCCUCGUCGGGAAGACACCAUCGCCCAGCGCGUCUCCUUCAUCCCAGCAUCUCCGUCAGUCGCCGAAGAUCGAGCAAUCGAGCCAUCAAGUGCCAUACUCUAGCGCCAAAGACUUCCAAACCCUGACAACCGUUGGGCCGAUCUACAAUGCCGUCCAGAACUCGAUGAACUACACCCAACCGGCGUUUUCCGUCUCGACCAUCAUUCGAAACCAGAGCCAAGCUGCAUACGCGAAAAUGUAA